AUGGCAGCAACUGCUGUCCGGGGCUGUUUUCUGUCAGCAUUGAGGACAAAGGCAAGAUGUCAGAGCCGUGGAUUUGACCGUUUGGCGGAGAGGACAGUAUGUCGGGUGUCCUCCGUUGACACAGUUCACAGCGGAAGCGGGAGCCUGGACGGGGGAGCUGCAGCGGGGGGAGGAGGCGGCGGCGGGGAGGGCAGCAGCUCCGCCUGGGUGAAGUCUGUGUCGGUGGGUCUGGGGCUCUGCGGGGCUGCGCUCUGGGACAGCCGAGAGGAGAAACGGAGAGACUUCAGAGUCCCCGCUAAGUUUUAUGAACUGUUGCCGUCUGCGCAGUGUGCGUCUCCCUUCAAACCCGACAGCCCCCGGUUUAGAUACAAUUUUAUAGCAGAUGUCGUGGAGAAGUCCACUCCGGCUGUGGUGUACAUUGAAAUCAUUGGCAGACAUCCUUUUUCAGGAAGAGAAGUCCCGGUGUCGAACGGCUCCGGCUUCAUCAUCAGCAGCGACGGCCUCAUCGUCACCAACGCUCACGUCGUGGCGAACAAGAGGGGCGUGCGCGUGAAGCUCACCAAUGGAGACACGUACCACGCCGUGGUCCAGGAUGUGGACCCAGUGGCGGACAUCGCCACCAUCAAAAUAUCUGCCAGGAACCCUUUACCCACACUCGCACUCGGCCAGUCGUCUGACGUCCGACAGGGAGAGUUUGUGGUGGCCAUGGGAAGCCCCUUUUCCCUACGGAACACCAUCACGUCAGGGAUCAUCAGCUCGGUGCAGAGAGGCAGUAAAGAGCUGGGCCUGUCCAACAACAACAUGGAGUACAUACAGACAGAUGCAACCAUCGAUUUUGGAAAUUCCGGAGGUCCGUUGAUCAAUCUGGAUGGGGAAGUCAUCGGCAUCAACACCAUGAAAGUCACAGCGGGAAUCUCAUUUGCUAUUCCAUCUGAUCGUGUCAGACUUUUCCUUAAUCAAGCUGCCCAAAGAAAAAGUUCCGGGACGAAAGCGCGCUACAUCGGGGUCAUGAUGUUGACGCUGACGCCCAGCAUUAUUGAAGAGUUAAAGAUGAGAGACUCGUCCUUCCCAAAGGUGACGCACGGCAUCCUAAUUCACAGAGUCAUCAUGGGCUCACCGGCCAACAGAGCCGGCAUACUUCCGGGGGACAUCGUGUUAGAGAUCAACGGGGUCAAGGUGAACACCUCAGAGGAAAUCUACCAGGCCGUGCGCAGCAGCAACAACAUCACCAUGGUGGUGCAGAGGGGAGACGAGUUACUCCGACUACAGGUGACUCCUGAGUGCAUAGAUUAA